AUGUAUUCUCCAUUGCUUUCUUCUCAGCCACGGCGGCUUCCCCUUCCUCAGUGCAGUAGGGAAGUCACCGUGGAAGUCGCGACGAGAAUGUUAACUGCCGAGUCGGCUAACGCCACGGCAGAGAAGCAGCCAUGCGAAGACGCACCUCCUGGAUUGAGCAUUGCCGACAAUCAAACGGUGAAGCACAUGGUUUACCACCAACGCCGACGUUGCCUCGACACCUGUGUCUGCAGGGAAGGCAAUGGCGGGUAUGAAGCUGGGGAAGCUUGUUGUCGAGUAAAAUCUAUACCGUUUAUGGUUCCACAAAUCUUAUUUGAAGUUCACUCCAGGCUGGCACUUGUCAGUGGAUUGAAGUGGGUGGAUCAAGUAAUAGCAAAUGCUCCCUAUGCAAUUACUGAGAAGUUCAUGAACACUCUGUUCAAUGAGCAUAAGAUUGACUACAUAAUACAUGGUGAUGAUCCUUGCCUUCUCCCAGAUGGAACUGAUGCUUAUCCUUGGCAAAGAAGCUGGCCACUACACAUUAAGCGCACUGAAGGUGUCUCCAGCACGGAUUCUUCUGUAAAUUGUGUGCUAAGUGUAACAUUGUGUUCUAAUUAUUUCACAACUUAUAUGUAUGUAGGAAGAAUACUUUCUUCUAUGAAGGAUAAUAAAAGCUCUGAGGGAGAUUCAGGCAAAAGACAACAAUCACAAAGGGGUCAGCUUUCUCAGUUUCUACCAACAUCCCGGCGGAUUGUGCAAUUCUCAAAUGGAAAGGGUCCUGGACCUAAUGCUCGUAUUGUCUACAUUGAUGGGGCAUUCGAUCUCUUUCAUGCAGGGCAUGUGGAGAUCCUCAAGAAGGCAAGGCAGCUUGGAGACUUUUUGCUAGUUGGUAUCCAUGCUGACCAUAUUGUGAGCGAGCAAAGGGGAAUACCCUACCCAGUUAUGCAUUUACUUGAGCGCACUCUUAGUGUGUUAGCUUGUCGUUAUGUCGAUGAAGUAAUCAUUGGUGCACCUUGGGGAGUUACAAAGGACAUGAUUACAACAUUCAACAUUUCAUUGGUUGUGCACGGGACAAUUUCAGAGAGUAACACUUGUUGCCUGGUGAACCCGAUCCAUAUGCAAUUCCCAAGGGCAUGGGAAUUUUCCGGAUGCUUGAAAGCCCUAAAAGUAUAACCACAAGUUCGGUAGCCCAAAGGAUAGUUGCCAAUCACGAGGCUUACAUGAAACGCAACGCCAAGAAGACGCAGAGUGAAAAAAAAUACUACGAAGAGAAAGCUUAUGUUGCGGGAGACUAGGAUAUGGAGUAAUAUUGUUAGGUGGUAGAAAAUUUGAUGCAGCUCUUCAGGAAGCCUUGACUAUUCGUGUAGAUGCAUGUUGAAGACGGUAUUCAAAGAUAGGAGGAUAAGAAGACAUGACAUUGGAAGACAUCAUUACCAUAACUUCCAAACAAACAGUUUUUUAUAUAUUUUAUUAUUUAUUAUUACUAUCAUCAUUAUUAAUUUUGCAUCUUUUUUUUGGGUCUGAAAUGUAGAGGAAUCUUAUAAUAAUUUGUUUACUAAUGCUUGUAAGCAAUGUAAUCACUGAUUAAUUUAAGCCUUGGGACUUUGUAAUUUUAGGGUGUUUUUGUUCAAAA